AUUUAUUAAAUAAAUCAAUCAGAAAAUUAGAAAUAGAAAAGAAAAGGUAUGAUUGAGUCAGUAAAUAUGUAAUCUGAGAAUUGAAGAACUCUUUCUCUCUCUAACUCUCUCUCUCGCGCGAAGUGAAAGAAAAAAUUGCAGACUCCAACUUCACGUCCACGAAUUCAUCGGCAGAAGGCACACCUUCUCUCCGACUCCAAAUUGACAGGUGAUUUUUUUCUUUGUAAAUUUCUUUUACAGUUUGUAGGAGAAAAUUUCUGAGCAUGUUUUGCUUUCAAGAUGUUUGAUGAAAUGCCGGAUUGAAUUUUUGUUGACUUUGUUUGGUUGUGCUUGGACUUUGGCUGGAUUUUUAUAUCACUGUUAUUUUUGUAUAGUUGGGGAAUGACAACUGAUGUAUUGUUAUAUGUAUUGGAGAUGGAGUUUUCGAUUUUUGUAUAUUGUGUAAAUGCGUAUUAUUAUUUCUUUUAUGUAUUGACUGUUGCGUCUCCACCCAUCUCCUGCCUUGUAUUUUCUGCUGUUGGGCAAACUGGAUCAAGCAUGCCAGUCCUCGGUCCUUUAUCUUUUUAUUUUUUCUUUAUUUCCUCUUCCCAAAUAGCGGAUGAUUCCAUUCGGAAGCAAUGCCCAAAUACAAAGACGAGCCUCCUGCAGUUCGCGUUUAUACAGUUUGCGAUGAAUCCAAGUGCGUAGCUUUCUUCUUUCUUGAUCCUCGGUUUAUUCCAUCUGGAAGAGGGGCAAAGAGAAGAAAUUUCAGUUUUGUAAUUUGUGGUUUUUGCCGACAAGGAGAGAUUCUAUUUUGGAAAUUUCUUUUUCUUUUCUCUGCAGAUACCUGAUUGUGAGGAACGUUCCGUCGUUGGGAUGUGGAGAUGAGCUCUUGAAGUUGUUCUCUACUUAUGGCCAAGUGGAAGAAUGUAAGCCGAUGGAUGCUGAAGAAUGUGAACCAUAUACUGAUGUUUACUGGAUCAAGUUUCAUCUGGUCAGCAAUGCCAGGAAAUCGACUACAAGUAUCAUAUGCACCUGCAUAUGAGAGCCUUUCUGAUACGAAGGAGAAGUUAGAAGGCAGGAGGAAGGAAAUUCUUGCACGACUAAACCCUAGAAGGUCUAAAGGCCCUUCAGAGUCUGUGAGUGAGCCUUUAGUUUCUACUCCUUUGCUGAAGCAUGCAUUUACUCCGACACCUAUUGUAGCUCAAAGUCAGAUGAGCAAGUCACAAGCUGCUCCAGGUGGACAUAAAUCUUCCAUGCUAUCAGCUUCCUCUGAUAAGGAAUAUUUUCCAGUGGAAUCUAUGAAUCGAACUGUUCAAUUGGUGCGAGACAAACUAAAUAAGAUACAAUCAAGCACUAACCACACAGAAGCAGGUUCUUCCAAGAGGGCUCGUGUCGACAAUAGAAGAAGAAUCUAAUAUGUUAAAAAUGGAAUACAAAACUUGAUAAGGAUGAAUUGAAGAAGGCAGCAUCAUCGUUGUCAGUGUCUCCAAAUCCUUCAUUUCCUCUGUUACAAUCUUGCAUUGCUUGCUGGAGAUCAGUUUUCAGAACGUCAAAGACUGAUUCAUUCUGGACUUUGCUUCAUGCUUCCGAGAUACACCUCUUGUGUUAUUGAAUUUAUCAGGUGUGUUAGGUUUUGUUCCAAAACUAUUUUGUUUCUAACCUUUCAUAGUCACACACUUACAGAUUUUGUACAAAAUUUAUAUUAUUUUAACUCCUAA